CCUUGGGGAAGCAACAGCAUUUUCUUCUGUUCGUGGGGCCCCUCCACCAGCUGGACGCUUCAUGGCUUCUCCCAGGUUAGAAACCUACUGCUGCCCGAACCGGGAUGCAGCUACCCAGCUAGUGAUGAAUUUCCAGCCUGAAGUCUUCUGUGGAGUUUGCAUUGGCAGCGCCUCUGUCAGUCUGUUACUGACCAUCCUGCAGCUCCUGCCGAAGAAGGGACAGAGCCCGCGGAAGAUGCCCAAAGCCUCCUCCUCUUCCACCAUCCUUCUCCUUAUCUCCAUUUGUGACAUCCUUGGUGGCUUAGGUAUGAUCUUCAGGUCAAGUGUAUGGCUAGGCUUCCCAGGCUUCAUAGCUAACAUUUCUGUGGCGAACGGGACCGACGUGUGGCCUUCUGCCUUCUGCGUGGGGAGCGCGAUGUGGAUCCAGCUAUUAUAUAGCGCUGGCUUCUGGUGGUUGUUUUGCUAUGCCGUUGAUUCUUACUUGGUGGUAAGAAGAUCAGCUGGACUGAGUACGAUCGUGCUGUACCACAUGAUGACGUGGGGCCUCGCGGUGAUGCUCUGCGUGGAGGGAAUUGCACUGCUUUACUACCCUUCUCUCUCCAGCUGUGAAAAUGGCUUGGAGCACGCAAUCCCACAUUACAUCACAACCUAUGCCCCACUCCUGCUAGUGCUGGUGGUCAACCCAAUCCUGUUUAGGAGGACAGUAUCAGCAGUUGCCUCCUUACUAAAAGGGAGACAAGGGAUUUACACAGAGAAUGAAAGACGUCUGGGGACAGAGAUCCAGAUCCGCUUCUUCAAAAUUAUGCUGGUAUUCAUUAUUUGCUGGUCAUCCAAUAUCAUCAAUGAGAGCCUUUUGUUCUAUCUCGAAAUGCAGCCAGAUAUCAAUGAAAUACCCCUGAAAAACAUCAGAAGUGCUGCACUGAUCACAUGGAUUAUAAUGGGGGUUCUUAAUCCGAUGCAAGGCUUCCUCUUCACGUUAGCUUUCUAUGGCUGGACGGGAUGGAGAGUGGACCUGAAAUGGCGAAAAAGAGAAAUACCCUGGGAAUCAAUGUCCUCAUCAACUGUGGGUGAAAAUGCCUAUCCCUCACCAGUGAACUACCAAAGCAACAUCCACGAUUCAAAGAAGAUAUCGACAACUGACAGCCAGCAGACCGAUGAGGCUAUAAGCAUGUUGUCUGAAGGUAACACUAGUGGUGAUGACCGGUUAACCAGGAGCUCUCCCAUCUACCAGGGCUGGUAGUUUAUAGGCACAGAGCUGGAGCCCGCUUCACACGUUGUCAAUAAAACCACGUCACUGUGUGAACUGUUGUGUACUCUGGAAUUAGGUUUGUGCCCAAUGGCUUGACGGCAUAUCCUAUAACUUGUGUGUGUGUGAGAGAGAGAGCGUGUGAGACAGAUAUUAUGGUUUAUGUCUUCAUUUACUUUAUAGGAGAUGCGUUAACAGGUAUAAAGGCCUGAUCCUUUUUCAGCAGGAGUAUAUCUCUGCGAAGAUCUCUGUUACUUAUGAUUUGUUUUCAUCCAUUUUGUUUUAAUCUCUCUUGUAACCCCCAGAUGGUAGAAGAGUCUUUUGUUUAAAUAAAUGGACUAUUAAUAUGUUGGGUUUUUAAA